AUGCGGUUAAUAUCGCUUCUCACCUGCUUCGUUGCCUUUUUGGCGCCGCUAGCGUCCGCCGUUCAGCUCCUUGAAUCCAAUGCACUCAGCGUGUGCAUGGAAAGCAGCAAUUUCACGGCAACGUAUUUCAGCGUCAUCUUCUACCCAGCAAACAACUCCCUUGUGGUCGGGUUCGAUGGUGUCUCAUACAUCGAGGGUAAGGUAGUCGCAGAGAUGACCCUUACUGCCUAUGGCUACGAGGCAUACAAGAACACACUUAAUCCUUGUAAGAUUGAUGGUUUCGGCAUGUGUCCCAUGGCCGCUGGGCCCAUGGAUUUGGGACCGCUUUCUCUCGAUCUGCCAGAGGGCACUUCAGAAAACGUUCCUGGUAUCGCUUACACUGUGCCUGAUCUUGACGCAAAUGUGCGGAUUGUCAUCAAGACAGCUGACACUAUGGAGAAGAUUGCUUGUGUUGAGGCUUCGCUUUCCAACGGCAAGACCGUUAAUCAAGCCGGAGUAUCGUGGGCAACCGCUGUCAUUUCCGGCCUAGGUCUCGCUGCAUCCGCCAUUACCUCCGGGCUAGGUCACUCCAACACCGCGGCUCAUGUCGCAGCAAAUGCGCUCUCCCUUUUCGGAUUCAUGCAGUCGCAAGCGAUUAUUGGCAUGACCUCUGUCCAUAUGCCCCCUAUCGUGGAAGCCUGGACCCAAAACUUCCAAUGGAGCAUGGGUAUCAUCCGCGUCGGAUUCAUCCAGAAGAUUGCUACUUGGUAUCAGCGGGCUACCGGUGGAACUCCCUCGACAAUCCUGUCACAGCUCGGAGAUACUUCUGUAGAAGUCCUCAAACGCCGCAAGCGUGACUUCGCUGAUCCAGCACUGGACCUCUUGAAGAGAGCCACAAAACCAAUGAUAGUUAAACGGGCAACCGGUAUGGUCAAGAGAUCCGAGAACAGCCAGAAGCUUCUUGUCAUUCGAGGAAUUGAUCGUGUUGGGUUCCGUGCGAAUAUGGAGGAGACCAACAUUUUCCUCACUGGCCUGAUCUUCUUUGCAGUCUUCACCUGUGUUGUCGUCAUAAUUGUUGCAGCCUUCAAGGGAAUUACUGAGCUGCUUGUCAGACACGGCAAAAUGAAGACCGAACGGUUCCAGGACUUCCGCAAUGGAUGGAAGAUCGUUCUGCGUGGUAUCUUGUUCCGACUGACCCUCAUCGGUUUCCCCCAAAUGUCUGUGCUCUGUCUCUGGGAGUUCACCCAGCGUGACUCGGCGGCCGAGGUUGUUUUGGCAGCAGUCAUGCUCCUUUCUAUGCUCGUCUCUCUUGGAUGGGCCUCCCAGAAGGUCAUUCGGUUGGCGAAGCGUUCAGUCACUAUGCACAAGAACCCGGCAUACAUCCUUUACUCUGAUCCGACUUGUCUGAACAAGUGGGGCUUCUUGUAUGUGCAGUACCGAGCAACAUCAUACUAUUUCGUCGUUCCAUUCCUCAUCUACACCUUGAUCAAGGGCAUGUUUAUCGGUUUGAGCCAGCCUGCACCGAUCGUUCAGGCAGUGUCUUUGGUUGUCCUUGAGCUGGCUAUGCUGGUCGCUGUCUGCAUUAUCCGUCCCUGGAUGGACAAGAAGACCAACGUCUUCAACAUCUCUAUUGCUGUGAUCAAUUUCCUCAACUCCAUCUUCGUUCUCGUUUUCUCAGACGUGUUCGACCCCCCUGGAUUGAUGAUCGGUGUCAUGGGUGUCAUCUUCUUCGUAUACAAUUGCAUCUUUGCCUUUGUCCUUUUGAUCCUGGUUCUGAUCGCCUCGGUCUAUGCUGUGGUGUCCAAGAACCCCGAUACCCGUUACCAGCCUAUGCGCGAUGAUCGUGGCUCGUUCAUCAAGUCCCAAACCCAGCUGACCACUGAAUUGGAUGCCUUGGGUGCUACAGCGCGCGGUGAUAUGAAGCCUGGGCAAUACAACAAUAACCCAUUCGACGACGAUACCGCUUCUAUCUCCAGUGGAAAUGGUGCAUCCGUCGGUCGCCAAAUGGAAUCAACCUACCCACCGCACGGCUCUGCCGCCCAAGCACCUCGGUCACCCGUUGACCCAUCUGUGCCACUGUUCCCCAGUAAUGCGCCAGCUCAUCACAAUGCUCCCCCUGGAUACGACCAAUUCGGUCGAUCACCUUCACCCGCUGGGAGGAGUCUUGAUAACAACGCCCCUAUUGGCCAAUCUGCCUUGUCGGCGGCAACUUAUCGAACCCAGAAUAGUACCAGUCCCUGGCAACGGGGCGCUGGCUAUGAUCAUUAA